AUGUCGACAUUGAAACUUCCUUCUCCUAUACUUUCGAUAUCUUCAUCUGAUCUGUUCGACCUUAUUCGUUCUCAUUGUGGUCAAGAAGUCCUCGAUAUUGUUAUAGCACAAAAAAUUCCCGACAUACAAACUCUUCUUCGAGUAAAUGAUUUGUUUACUCUUGUUUAUCUUCCAACAAAUGAAUUUCGAGAACUCAAGGAAAAGGUGGCAGUACAGCUUCACGAUGGUACAUGGUCAGUGUUGAUCGGAUUUCAAGCUCGUGUUGAUGAACUCAUGAAUGCUCUUAGAGAACAAGCUCGUCUCGAUGAAAAUGAAUACUAUCCGUCAUCCAAUAUUACGUCAACUUCUGAUCAUCUGACACUCUCUAUUGAACUUCUCAACAAAUUUCCUGCUCUUUCUUCACUCAUCAAACUUUGUACAGAUAUUCAUACACUUUCCGAUCGAAACGAUCUCACACUACUCAUUGAAAUACUAAACAACAUUUGUACUAAUUUGACAAGAUCGAAAAAUAACUUUCAAUAUUCCGACUAUAUUAUGAAGUUUGCUAUUUUACUCUUCAUUUAUAGUGGUCAAAAUGCGUAUCGAUUUGUUUCACUCAAUGUUCCUGGUUUUCUUCCAUCAAUCACCACUAUUAAAAAAAGACUUGCAAAUUCUUCCUUUCGUAUGUACGAGGCUCACUUUCGGUUCGACGCAAUGCAUGAUUAUUUUUCUUCGAAUGGCUUCACUUUUGCCUUUGCUGCAGAGGAUGCCACUGGUGUAAUUUCUAAAGUGACUUAUGAUUCAAUGUCCAACUCAUUCAUUGGCUUUGAUACACCUCUUGCACACGGACAGCCCCUACCUGAUCAGCAUCGUACGGAUUCAUAUGUAGAACUUCAAAAAUGGUUUGAAGAAAAACAAACAUCUUCUUUCAUUAAUGUCCAUAUGUUACAACCUCUUCUUAAUACCUCGUCCGGUCAAAUUCCUUCACCUUUUCUUCUUUCUGCCUAUGGUAUUGCCGGUACUUACACUGCUGAAGAUGUACUUAAUCGCUGGCUUUGGAUAUACGAAGAAACCAAGAAAAAAGGCAUUCGAAUUAUCGGUUUUUCAACCGACUGUGAUAGUCGUUAUCUUCGAAAGCAAGAAUAUUCAUCCGGUCUUCGCUUUCCCAAACAUCAUAAGCAUGGCAAAGUCACACGUGGACCCUCUUCUUCUUCAUCAUCAUCAACGUUUACCUAUUCGUCUCUUCGACCGGUCGAUAUCGAGACGAUAGUCGAAGAAGCCUUUGCAACUGCAUAUGAACUAAUCGAACCACUCAUUGGUAAAGAUACAUUACAAACAAGCAAAUAUAAAACAACAGCAAGUCUUUCUAAACUCAUCAUCAAACAUUACGAGACCUCAAAGCUUAAAAGUCGAUCGUCACAACUGCAGCAAGUCUUUGAUGAUCCAUCGAAAGAAAUCAACAAUGAAGAUGAAGAUGAAGAGGAUGAAGAUGAAGAAGAUGAAGAUGAAGAAGAUAAAGAUGAAGAACAAGAUCUUUCUCACGUUCUUCUUGAUUCGUCGAAUGUCUCUUUUAGAGGCAUGCGUGUGAAAGAAUCCAUUGAUCCAAAACAAUCCGAUUCGUUCUUCAAAGUUCGACGAGAAAAUGACACUACUGAUGUUUAUAUCCACAAGCAAACAGCUUGUUGGGUAUUGACAAAUGAAAAAUCUUCUCUUUCUUCUGAUCGUUUGAAGCGAGUUACACAAUCAAAAUAA